UACUGAACAUUGUUCUUCAAACAUAGCUAAGAGCAUGAGAGAGGUGAGGUCCAAGUCAAGUCAACAAAAUCUGAGCCUCGAAAACAGGGAGUGAGAACAGUUCCUCUCGCACACUCACAUUCCCAUAGACAUGGACUCGCAUAGCUUCCUAUGUUUCCACUCCGCAUGUCUUCUUCUCUUCGCUUCCACCGCAGGUUGUCUUUCACACCCUUCCCUCCUUGGCGUUCACCCUUUAGAUGAGAAAUAUUAUGGCUCUGAGGUGAUCAAGUGCAAGGAUGGAUCAAAAUCCUUCUCAAGAGACCGCAUCAAUGACAAUUUCUGUGACUGUCCUGAUGGCACUGAUGAACCUGGAACUUCAGCUUGCCCCAAAGGAAAGUUUUAUUGCAAAAACCUAGGAAGCAAGCCACAGUUCAUAUUUUCUUCUCAUGUUAAUGAUAAUUUUUGCGAUUGUUGUGAUGGGAGUGAUGAAUAUGAUGGAACUAUUCAUUGCCCUAACACAUGUGUCAUGGGCGGGAAUUCUGAGUACAUGAUUGGCAAUUACAAUAAGAAAGUAAGUGGUUUUGCUGAAAAAGAAACAAAAAAUGGAGUGAAGUCAGGGGAAUCCGUUCGUAACCUUACUGGUUUGAAGUUGGCUAUUAUUCUACAAGUGGUUCUGGUCAUUUUUCUAUUACUUCUCUGGAGUUUUCGCUUUACAAGAUCUAGAAGGAGGCGCUACCGGUGAAUUGAAUGAAGCCUAGCUAUUUCUUGAUAUUGAACUGCGGGUGCUCCGGUAAUAUAUUAAUUUAUCAAUAGCGGUGAUUUGAUCAACAGUGCACUGAAGAUUUCUUUUUUCCUUCCAACCCUUUUUGAACCAAUAUCCUUCGGUUCAUCCCCUGUCAAUGUUACAAAACCUUGAGUUGGCUGUUAGAGCUCAAGCAGAAGUGCAAAAUCAAAGAACUAGGAUAACAUUCCUGACUUCCUCAUUUCCUUUAAAUCCUACCAAAGUCCAAAUCCUUUUUUUUUGGCUCUUCAUUUUCCAUAACACAAAAAUGCAAAUGAUUAAGGAAAUCCUGGAAUCUUUAAUACCUCUUCUUAGACCUCCAAAACUCUCAUCCCCUCCCUCCCUCUUGCUCUUGCUAUCCUACAGAGGACUCUACAUCCUGGUUGCAUUCCAGUUCCUCAAGCUCAUGUUCUCCUCUCAUCUUCAUGGUUGAUGGCAAUGCCUGUCUGACUGUCUCAUUCUGUAUCUAAUAGUUUACUUGGGAUGCAAACAAUUGGAUAUCAUCUUAACUGUGGAACUUGCAUUUUAUGAUCCCCUCUUAUCUUCUUUGUCUCACUGAUCAACUGGUGAAUGCGGUUAAAGCUUCAGCAUGUUUUCAGUGGUUGCUGGGUAGAGCAGGAUGUGUUGCUGGUUUAGGAAGUUACAGCAUGGUUUAGGUGCAAUCUGCAGAGUCUGAAGGACUUUUAGAGGCACUGGAUUUAAUGAAGCAAAUGGUGGAAUAUGGGGUUGGCCCCAAGACAAGGAAAACUGGUGAAUUUGUGGGUUGAAUUACAUCAAAUAGGAUAAUAUUGAUAGCUGUUUAGAUUAUUUAUUUCAUGGAGACACAGUUUUGCUCUGUUGGAUUUGAAAGUUACUUAUGAGAUGGUUGUUGAUUAUUUUGGCAAGUGUUGCAGAUCAUGAUCAGAAAUUAAGAUUAUUGUUCCACAACGGUUAUUGGUAUCUAUUGCCAACCAUUUGUUGCGCUAUUUGAACGCCUGAAAUGAAUUUAUCUAGUUUCGGAUCAUC